UGUGAAUCCCACGAAUUUGGUAAAGGGCACAUAAGCCGCCGAGUGGUUGUUAACAAUUUGUUCCUUCGAAGUGUUCAUUAAGAAAGCCAACCACAGUCCACACGAUGAGACAUCGUCCAAGACGCUGUGGCGGUACAAGAUGCUUCUUCUCAUCCUCUUUAACAAUCACCAUUUAUGGAACCCAUAAUCUUGAUUUCAACCCUUUUCUUCUUCUUCUUCCUUUAUAAUGCCUUUAACAGCCUCUCGGAUUAUUACCCAAAUGCCGCUUUCAGUCGCCGCCACUUUGCACCCUUCUUUCAAAACUACCUCCAAUAGAAUUUUUAAGCUUCAAUCACUUAAACCCACAUCGUCUCUUCAUUUUCCUUCCUCGAAUCUUGUUUUCCUGCGUGGGUUUAUCUCAAAGGAAGCUCUAUUUCGGAACAGAGGUCGGGGCAUGGCUGAAUUGACCAGAACCUCUUCUUCUGUUAGGUGUGGAAAUGGAGAGGAGGGGUUUAGAAGCUUAGAGACAGAGUCGUUCUUUGAUGGGUCUUCUGAAUUUCGUCCUGUGAAUGCGGCUGGUGGGCUGGAGGCUAUACUCAAUAAGCUGAGCAAGUGGCUUGUAGCUGCCCUUUUUGCUGGUAUAAUUCUUUUGAGGCAUGAUGCCGAAGCUUUGUGGACCGCCAUGGGAUCUGUUAUUAAUGCCGUACUUUCUAUAGUCCUGAAAAGGAUACUAAACCAAGAGCGGCCUAUUGCCACAUUGAGAUCUGAUCCUGGAAUGCCCUCUUCUCAUGCACAAUCUAUAUUCUUCACUGUCCUGUUUGUCGCCUUAUCAGCGGUGGAAUGGCUAGGUGUUAAUGCAGUAUCAUUGUCUAUCUGUGGAUUUUCCUUCAUAUUUGGUUCAUACUUUUCAUGGCUACGAGUCUCGCAGAAGCUUCACACUAUCAGCCAAGUUUUGGUAGGUUCUGUAUUGGGUGGUUUCUUCGGCAUUUUAUGGUAUUUGUUGUGGAAGGCUGUGGUUAGUGAAGCUUUUUCAGCAAAUUUGUGGGUUCAAGUUGUUGUGGUCAUGGGAGCUUCUGGAUUCUGUAUAGGCUUUGUUAUAUAUGUCUUUAACAAUUGGUUCAAGGAUGAAAAAUAGUUGUAGUUACAUGUACAUUAUUAUCCUACAUGCUUCAGUAGGAUGUGAUUCUUCGUCUCAUUUCUCGAGGUGAACAGGUGCUCGAAUAAUUUAAUACAAUUGUUGAUUUCAUUUUUCUUUUA